AUGGUCAAUAUUACGGUCAAACUGACCUUAAUGGUGCAGGCAGCACUUCUUUUGCUCGCCUUGCAAAACGCCCCUGCGCCUGCCAUGGGUUUCUUUGGACGCGGUCGUCCAGUUGGUCUCGAAGCUGGCGCUGGCAACAACGACGGUAUGAUCAUUCCACGCAAAGCUCACACUGCUGUUCCGGCUGUCUUCGAACACGCUGACAUGCCUGCUAAGCGCGAGCCUCCUCCUUCCUCGACCCUAGACGACAAUGAAGAUGACGAAUACGACGAGCUCGAGAUCAUCACCAUUUUCCUUCCUGAAGAGGGUGAAGAGGAAGAAGGUACCAACCCUCUCCACAAGCGUGCUGGUCCCACACCUUGCCCUGCUCAGCACACUCGUCGUCAACGCCGCGAGCUUGCGGCCCAAACCGCUCACCCUGGUCAACACGACAAGCGCGAUCCUCGAGUCAAGUACAGAACCCGGACUCGCACCGUCACCUUGUGGAAAACCAAGACUAUCUACGAGACUGUCUAUCGAAGGUGCACUCAAUACGUCAAGCGUGCUACUACCACCAAGAGAAGGACUACUUCGACUAAGAGAAAGACAACCUCGACCAAGAGAAGGUCCACGAGUACAAGGAAGCCCACCACCACAAGCAAGAGGAGGUCAACUACCAGCACCAGAAGGGCUACCACUACUUCGAAGAGGACUACUAGCACAAGCCCGAGGAGGACUACAAGCACUACUCCCAAGCCGGCUAGCACAAGCCCGAGGAGGACUACAAGCACAAGCUCGAGGAGAACUACUAGCACUACUCCCAAGCGGGCUAGUACUACUUCGAAGAGGACCACUUCGACUCCUAUCAAGUCUGCUACUACUUCUGUCAAGACUACCUCGACUACGCCUAAGCCGGUGACUACUAGCAGCACUUCGAUUAGGACCACGUCGACCACGCCCAAGCCAGCUACUACCAGAACGACUUCAACGAGGAGAAGCUCGAGCAGCACUACUUCGACCUCUCCUAAGCCUUGGACGAAAAGUUCGAGGACCUCGACCAGGAGCACUUCGACUUGGACCUCUUCCUCGUCGAGCACCAACCGUGCCAUCACCACUUCUUCGUCCUCGACUAGGUCUGUCGUAGUUGCUCCCACUACACGAUCUUCCUCCACUGCUACCACUUGGUCGUCUACUACUUCUUCUUCGACCACUACUUUGUCAAGCAGCUCGAGCACCGUCACUGCGGCUCCCACACCCAAGGUCUACAGCCUGAUGGCGGACUACAAGGGAGCUAACUUCUACGACAACAUGUACUUUUUCACUUUCAAGGACCCCACCAAGGGUCUUGUUGACUUUGUUGGCAAGGAUGAAGCUUCUUCUUUGGGUCUGAUCAAGACGACUAACGGUGGUCAGGUUUACAUGGGCUAUGCUACUUCUCGUGUCUACCCCGCUGUCUCGACUGCAGUGGCUCCUAUGCAGCGGCGUCGGAUCUCCUCCUCUUCCUCUGCCUCAUCCACCUCCACUGCCUCCUUUGUAAGCGUGCAAGCAUCAACCACCACCUCUUCCCCCACGGGCACCGUCUCCUCUACCACCUCUUCCACCUCGACCUCGACCUCGGCCUCCACCACCACCUCGGCCGCUCCUAUCCCCUACAUGAAAUCCAUCCGGAUCUCCUCGUUCGACAGCUUCACCACCGGCGUCUUCAUCCUCGAUGCUUCCCACAUGCCCGUUGGUUGCGGUAUCUGGCCAUCCUGGUGGACUGUCCCUACCAACCCUGCUGGUGGUUGGCCCAACGGAGGCGAGAUCGACAUUGUCGAAGGAAUCGGCUACACCAACCAAAACACCUACUCAGUCCACACCGUCCCCGGUUGCCGAGUCAACUCAACCACAAAUGCGCAAAGGGGUACUUACCAACUCUCCAACGUCACCCUGGCAACCAACUGCGCCUCUUCCGAAACUGGAAAUAAAGGUUGCGGUGUUCAGUCUUCCCUGCGCACUGAUUUCGGUGCUGGAUACAACUCGAACGGUGGUGGUAUUCAUGCUAUGGUAUGGGACAAGGAUUUGGGUAUCAAGUCUUGGUUCUUCCCGCGAACUACUGCUCCGACUGAUAUUGCUGCUGGUAAGCCGGAUCCGUCUGGUUGGGGUCCACCACAGGGAAGCUGGCCUGCGCAGGACUGCGAUCCGACAAAGUUCUUCUUCAACCACGUUAGCGUGUUCAGUAACACGAUCUGCGGUGAGUGGGCGGGUGAUAAGCAGCUUUGGAACAACGCAUGGAACGGACAGAAGCAGAGUUGUGCGGCGAUGACAGGCUACAGCAGUUGCCAGGCUUAUGUGCAGAGUAAGGAUGUUGACUUUAGCCAGGCUUACUGGUUGAUCAACAGCGUGAAAGUUUAUCAGACUCAACGCACUAAGUAA